AUGUGGUUCAGCAUAUUGCAGCAGGUUUCUCUUCAAUGUCUCCUGAUAAUCUCACUAAUACAAGGAAAUGGAAAUCGUGCCUGUCCAGUGAGAGUAAUCUAUCCCCGAUCUACGUUGCACCUCACCGUGGGAGAUAGUCUAACACUAAAUUGUACAGUUGAAUUCUGUACUCGUGAAGAACAAAAGCCUGUAGUAUACUGGUGCAUAAUUGAGGCACGCAGUUGUCACCCGGUGUCUACAAAUGGGCUUAGUUUCAACCAUGACCAGCAAGGAAAUUUACUUGUCAGUUACAAGAUUGCUGCCCUCAACUACAAUGACAGUGGCACAUUCCGAUGUGAAGCUUCUCAAGGAAAUGUGAUGGCAAGGGGUCAUUCCAUUGUUGUAAAUGUGACUGAAGCUUCUGAUUCUCCGUUAAUACCAGUUGAACACACUGAAACCACAAAUAAAUGGUACUUUAUGAGCAUUCUGCCCCUGUCGGUGGUGAUAGUCUGUAUCAUGCUAUACUGUCAAGGAAAACAGAAGUUGGCGCUGAGAAGACAAAGAGCCCAAGUAAAGAGUGUUACCCUGGCUUCCUCGUCACCCAACAUCACAGCAGUUAUCCCUCAGCUUUCUUCUUUGACUGGCACGACUGAGCGACACGUAGUGGAGGCAUAUGUAAAUAUAAAACACAUGGAGCCCUUUUAUGUAAAUGAGACAUUUUCCAUAAAUGAACAGUAUGAAGAAUGUAUCUAUGAAAAUGAUCCUCCUAACCAAUAAAGCAUGAAGACUUCAAGUCUCACUUCAGAGAGUUGAACAAGUAAUCAAGGUUUGCAAACCCAGCACAGUAUUGGGAGAGUGCUACACAUCUGGAGGCACCAACCUUUGGAAAUGACAUUGAAUCAAGGUCUUAUCUGCCCUUUCUGUUGGCCACAAAGCAGCCAGUGGCAUUAUUUUGGAA